AUGGGGAGGGAGAGAGAACUAGUACUCAAGGAGAUGAAACUAAUACUAAAAGAAAAAGAAGCUUUGAAGUUAGAGAAUGAAGAGUUGAAUGAGAGGGCGGUUUUGAAGAUGGAGAGAAAAAUGCUAAUGAGGGAAAAAGAAGAAUUGAGGAUCAAGAAUAAGGUAUUGAAGAAGGAGAAGGAAGAGUUAGAGGAGGAUAAGGUGGAGUUGAAGAAGCAGAUGAAGGCGUUUCUUAUAGAGAAGACGCAGUUUUGGAAGGAAGAGUUAGAGAAGGAGAAGAAAGAGUUUGAGAAGGAAGACGAGAAUUUGGAAGGUAGGGAUCAGGGGAACGGAGCGGUGGAUAUUCAACACUCAGAUGUGUUAGACGUUAAUUCAAGGUGGUUAGAAGAAAUUGGAGACGAGAUAGCCGAAGAAGAAGAAGAGGAAGAAAGUGACGAAGAGGAUAAAGCUAAAGAAGAAGAAGAGGGUGAUGAUGCAGGUGAGGUGUCCGAUGCACAUCCAAGUUUAGAUAAGCGUUUAAGGGCGAUCGAGGCUAGUAUAUCUGAGAUAAAGAAUGAUCAAUACUACCUAAAGUAUAAGAUGCGGAGUAUGCAGCGAACGAUAAAGGUGAUGUUGUGUUUUGUACAAAAGGAGGGAGCGUCCCCUCCAGCACAGUAA